GACUGCAGUUUUAAGGUAACUGACAGUAGUGGAAGUGAGUGGUUAUUACUGCAGGGGAGUGAUCUCCGGCUUUCGAAAUUCACAGGCCACACAGAUUCUCAAGAGAGCCCUGUGAGGACACUGGUAAAACGUCACUGCCUUCAGGACACACCAUGGGUCACAGUGAUCAAGCUGUUCAAAGAAGAGCAAGAUGUUGGGAUAUGUACCAAAGGAGAUUUAGCAGUGUGUCUCAACCAGUCAAUCUUGGCAUGCAUUCUUCAUCCCAUCAGCAGCAAGAUGGAGAUGCAGCAAUGCAGGGUGCCCAUGUGGAAUCUCCAGUAAGAUACACUCCCUAUGCCAUUUCACCCUCUCAUCGGAGAGGCAGUUUUCUUAAACAAGACCAAACCCAUGUCAACAUGGAGAGAGAGCAAAAACCUCCAGAGAGAAGAGUGGAGGUGAACAGGCCUCAUGAGACAUUAGGGAGCUGGUUCAAGAUCACAAUUCCAUUCGGCAUAAAAUACAGUGAGAAAUGGCUGCUGAAUUUGAUUCAGAACAAAUGCAGUGUAUUUUUCAUCCCAGUUGAGUUUCACUAUGAAAAAAUGAAUGCCACCUUCUUUGUGGAGAAUGCCAGCAUCGCCUCUGCACUGAAGAAUGUCAGUGGCAAGAUUUGGGAUGAGGAUAAUGAAAAGAUAUCAAUCUUUGUCUGCCCUGAUGGUAUACCCGACUCUGUGCAGAGGGAGCCAAAGUCGGAAAAGGUGGAGCAGGUAAAGCUGGCUGUGAACCAACAACAAGCUCUUGAUAUCCAGAAACUCCCCGUUUACUCAGACUUUAUGACCUGUGAUACUAAAAUGGUACGGAAUCCUAGAAAGGGCAUGGCUGCCUCCCUGCACGUCCAUGAAGAGAACAUACCUAAGGUGAUGUCUUCAGGGGAGAUGGACAAGUGGAAAGGGAUAGAGCCAGGAGAGAAGUGCAUGGACAGAAGCCCAGUGUGCACCACCUUCCUGGAUAACUCCAGCAACAUAAACUCCAUCCUGGAAUUGUUCCCCAAAUUAUUAUGCUUGGAUGGCCAGCAGUCACCUGGACCAACUCUAUGUGGUCUUGAAGCCCACAAGAGGUUACCAACCUGUAAGGGAAGCUUCUUUGGAUCUGAGAUGCUGAAGAAUCUGGUCCUGCAAUUCCUGCAGCAGUAUUACUUGAUCUAUGACUCUGGAGAUCGACAGGGUCUCCUCGGUGCUUACCAUGAUGAGGCCUGCUUCUCCCUGAGCAUUUCCUUCAACCCUGGGGACUCAGCCCUGAGCAUCUUGUUUAAGUACUUCAAGGAUAACAGGAAUAUAAAAAUGCUCCAGGACCCCUACCUUCGGGGGCAGCUGCUGAAGCACACAAAAUGUGACAUUGUGGACUUCCUCAGUGCAUUGCCCAAGACGCAGCAUGACCUCAGCUCCAUCCUGGUGGACAUGUGGUACCAGACGAAAUGGAUGCUCUGCUUUUCUGUCAAUGGGGUGUUCAAGGAAGUGGAAGGACAGUCUCAGGGUUCUGUUCUCGCCUUCACCCGGACCUUCAUUGCUACCCCUGGUAGCAAUUCCAGUUUAUGCAUCGUGAAUGAUGAGCUCUUUUUGCGGGGUGCCAGCCACCAAAGGACCCAGAGUGCCUUGUUCACCCUAGUGCCCACACCCUUCUCCAGCUUCAUGCCUGCCUUCUCCCAGGAGCAGCAGCAAAUGGGGCAGGGUUUCUCUGCCCAGUCCGGGAUGAACUUCCAGUGGUCUCAGAAGUGCCUUCAUAACAACCAGCAGGACUACAGCAGAGCUGUUCCGGUUCUUGCACCGCCCAAGGUGUACGUCCCUGUGACUGAAUCGGGAGAUCUGGCUGGGGCUAAGAAGCCAAAGCCUAACUCACAGGGCUGACUGUCAUCCUUCCAAAGGGGCCAGUUGUUUUGUAAACUUGUCCACCCCUGCCACCCCCAGGAUCUCUGUUUCUUUUUACAGUAGAGAAUGAUGUUGCCUGUUAUGUCAAAUCCCUGCAAAAUCCAUUUGAUUCAGACAUUAUUAUCUCUGUGUUGAAUAGAAGUAGCAUGAGUGACAUUCUUUUCUUAUUACAGUCUUUGAGGAAAAACUUUUAGUC